AAAUCAGUGAAGCUCUUAACACUUGCUCACAGGUCAGAAGAAACAAGUCUCUCAAUUUUCUGACCUCUACUUUUUUAGAUUAUAGCAAAUACUCCUAAUUACUGCCACUACAAAAACUACUUGAAAAAUGGCAGACAAAACCAAGGUCCAAGCUGAGGAGAAGGCAGGUGUCGCCAAAGAAAAAGCGUCAGAAACGGCUCAAUCCAUCCAGGACAAGGCUGCGGCGGCCGCCAAGACCACAAAAGAGCAGGCCGCGGUGGUCGCCCAGGCCACAAAGGAGAAGGCGGCGGCGGCGGCGGAAAUGCUGCAGAAGACAGGGGAGCAAGCGGUGACCAUGGCACAAGGUGCAAAAGAGUCAGUUUUGGGGAAGAAAGAUGAUCCAAAGUAAACCACUACCACCCCAAAGGACUGCUAGAUUGAAUUGACAUUUGGAAGUUUGUCUAUUGGUGUUGUCUGUUUUUAGUUCUAUAUAUGUAUUUUGGUCUUUGGGCAUGUUCUCUUGGCACUUUAGAGUAAUGUAUGGUGACACAGUCAAAUAUCGGUCUAGUUGAUAUAUUGGUAAAUAUUGACAUGAGUCCCAAAUAUCAAUAUUUAUUAGCCGAUAUUUGGAGUCUUGCUAAUGAAAUGUGCUUUUAACUUCUGCGUC